GAAGACGCCUGCAGAGCCCAGCUGCUGGUGCAGCAGGGGCUGAAACAACCAGUGCAGCUGCGUCCCGACCCGCUCCCUCUGAGCCUACGCCUCCUCUCCAGAAGGGGAGGCGGGACGUGGCCGGUCUCGGGCUGUGAAGGUGGGCAGUGCCCUCUGAGGUUUAGGGGGAAUUCAGACUGCGGCCUGUCAGAGGCAGUCAGGGAGGUACCCACACGCCUGACAGAAUAAGAUGGCGGCGAUGGUGCCUGGAGGUAGUGGCAGUGGUGGCGGUGGCGUGAAUCCAUUCCUCAGUGAUUCGGACGAAGACGACGAAGAGGUAGCGACGACCGAAGAGCGGCGGGCAGGACUUCGGCUGGGUUCUGGGGGCGACCUAGAUCCUGGCUCUGCAGACUCGCUAUCGCCCCAGGAUCCCGUGCCCUUAGGGAGCAGUGCACGGCCAGGGCUCCCUGGGGAGGCGGCGGCGACGGCUGCGGUGGCUUUGGGGGGCACUGGGGAGACCCCGGCCCGCUUGUCAAUUGAUGCAAUCGCGGCUCAGCUGUUGCGUGAUCAAUACUUGCUCACCGCCCUGGAGCUGCACACCGAACUGUUAGAGAGCGGCCGUGAGCUGCCCCGGCUGCGCGACUACUUCUCCAAUCCCGGCAACUUCGAGAGGCAGAGUGGGACCCCGCCGGGGAUGGGGGCGCCGGGGAUCCCCGGAGCCGUCGGCGUUGGAGGUGCAGGAGGUCGGGAGCCGAGCAUGACGUCGGGCGGGGGACAGCUCAACAGAGCUGGGAGCAUCAGUACUCUCGAUUCUUUAGACUUUGCAAGAUACUCAGAUGACGGUAACAGGGAAACAGAUGAGAGAGUGGCAGUCCUGGAGUUUGAACUACGGAAAGCCAAGGAGACCAUUCAGGCCCUCCGAGCCAACCUGACAAAGGCUGCAGGUGAACAUGAAGUUCCUUUACAGGAACGAAAAAAUUACAAAUCAAGUCCUGAAAUUCAGGAGCCAAUCAAACCUCUGGAAAAGAGAGCUCUAAACUUCUUAGUCAACGAGUUUUUAUUGAAGAAUAACUACAAGCUUACAUCAAUAACCUUUUCAGAUGAAAAUGAUGAUCAGGAUUUUGAAUUAUGGGAUGAUGUAGGAUUAAACAUUCCAAAACCUCCAGAUUUAUUGCAACUCUACCGAGAUUUUGGGAACCACCAAGUGACUGGAAAAGACCUUGUGGAUGCGGCCAGUGGAGUAGAAGAGGAGGAACUAGAGGCCCUCACACCAGUUACAGGCGACCUUCCUUUGACCCCUGAGACUCCGCAUACUGUAGAGAACUCUUUGCUUGUACAGAAAUUAGAGGAUAAAAUUAGUUUAUUAAGUAGUGAGAAAUGGUCUUUGAUGGAACAAAUCAGAAGACUUGAAAGCGAAAUGGACUUUCUCAAAAAUGAACACUUUGCUAUUCCAGUAAUUUCUGACUCUGUUCAACCUUCUUUGGAUCAGCCUCUUCACAAAGACUCUGAGGACAGUGGACAGAAACCAGUUAUAAAUAGUUCAGAUGAGGGAGAGAACAAGGAUAUCCAUCUUUCAAAACCCGACGAAGUUGGUUCCACUGUUCCUAAAGAGAGUUUCCCAAACUCUUUACCCAGGAGAGAAAGAGAAGGAAUACCAUCCUCUCCAGCAAGUAACAGCACAGUCCAUUUUGAUAAACCCAACAGGAAAUUAUCUCCUGCUUUCCAUCAAGCACUACUCUCUUUUUGUCGAAUGUCAGCAGACAGUCGUUUAGGAUCAGAGGUGUCGCGGAUUGCAGACAGCGAGAAAAGUGUCAUGCUGAUGCUGGGACGCUGCCUGCCACACAUCGUUCCUAACGUGCUGUUGGCGAAGAGAGAGGAGUUGAUCCCCCUCAUCCUGUGUACAGCGUGCCUGCACCCUGAGCCUAAAGAGAGAGAUCAGCUUCUCCACAUACUUUUCAAUUUGAUCAAGAGGCCAGAUGAUGAGCAAAGGCAGAUGAUACUGACGGGCUGUGUGGCGUUUGCACGUCAUGUCGGACCAACGCGUGUAGAAGCGGAGCUUUUGCCGCAGUGCUGGGAACAGAUUAAUCACAAAUACCCAGAGAGACGGCUGCUCGUGGCAGAGUCCUGUGGAGCCUUGGCACCGUACCUUCCUAAAGAAAUCCGUAGCUCCUUGGUUCUUUCAAUGUUGCAACAGAUGUUAAUGGAAGAUAAGGCAGAUUUGGUACGAGAAGCUGUGAUCAGAAGCCUCGGUAUCAUUAUGGGGUACAUUGAUGACCCAGACAAAUACCAACAGGGUUUUGAAUUGCUGCUGUCAGCUUUGGGGGAUCCCUCGGAAAGAGUAGUCAGUGCAACACAUCAAGUAUUUUUACCGGCUUAUGCUGCCUGGACCACAGAACUUGGGAAUUUACAGUCUCAUCUGAUACCCACGUUGCUGAACAAGAUUGAAAAACUUCUCAGGGAAGGAGAACACGGGCUGGACGAGCACAAGCUGCACAUGUAUCUUUCUGCCUUGCAGUCCCUGACCCCGUCUCUCUUUGCGCUGGUGCUGCAGAACGCACCUUUCUCCAGCAAGGCCAAGCUGCAGGGCGAAGUGCCGCAGAUAGAAGUGACGAGGUUCCCCCGGCCUAUGUCGCCCCUUCAAGAUGUGUCUACUAUUAUUGGAAGCCGUGAGCAGUUGGCAGUGCUACUCCAACUUUAUGACUACCAGCUGGAACACGAGGGCACAACCGGCUGGGAGAGUUUACUGUGGGUUGUCAAUCAAUUGCUGCCACAACUUAUAGAAGUAGUCGGCAAAAUUAAUGUUACUUCAACUGCCUGUGUCCAUGAAUUCUCCAGAUUUUUCUGGCGCCUUUGCAGAACGUUUGGCAAAAUUUUCACGAACACUAAGGUAAAACCUCAGUUCCAAGAGAUUUUAAGAUUAUCUGAAGAGAACAUUGAUUCCUCAGCAGGAAAUGGGGUCCUCACUAAAGCCACCGUCCCCAUUUAUGCAACGGGAGUUCUUACGUGUUAUAUUCAGGAAGAAGACCGAAAACUGUUAGUCGGAUUCUUAGAGGACGUGAUGACCCUGCUCUCCUUGUCGCACGCUCCUCUGGACAGCCUGAAGGCUUCCUUUGUGGAACUGGGUGCAAACCCAGCCUACCACGAGCUACUGUUAACGGUUCUAUGGUACGGCGUUGUCCAUACCUCCGCGCUUGUGCGGUGCACCGCUGCCAGGAUGUUCGAGCUGUUGGUGAAGGGGGUGAAUGAGACUCUGGUAGCUCAGAGGGUGGUUCCUGCUCUCAUUACUCUCUCCAGUGACCCUGAAAUAUCUGUCAGGAUUGCCACAAUUCCAGCCUUUGGUACUAUUAUGGAAACAGUUAUUCAAAGAGAGUUGCUGGAGAGAGUGAAAAUGCAGUUGGCUUCUUUCCUGGAAGAUCCUCAGUAUCAAGACCAAUAUUCUUUGCAUACAGAGAUCAUAAAAACGUUUGGGAGAGUUGGGCCUAACGCAGAACCAAGGUUCCGAGAUGAAUUUGUUAUACCCCACUUGCAUAAGCUAGCCUUGGUGAACAACUUACAAAUCGUGGAUUCUAAAAGACUGGAUAUUGCUACCCAUCUUUUCGAAGCCUACAGUGCACUUUCCUGCUGCUUCAUUUCGGAGGAUUUGAUGGUUAACCAUUUCCUGCCCGGCCUCAGAUGUUUGCGGACUGACAUGGAGCACCUCUCCCCAGAGCAUGAGGUUAUUUUAAGUUCCAUGAUAAAAGAAUGUGAACAAAAAGUAGAGAAUAAGACCGUCCAAGAGCCUCAGGGCUCCAUGUCAAUUGCUGCAAGCUUAGUGAGCGAAGACACAAAGACCAAGUUUUUGAACAAGAUGGGCCAGUUGACCACAUCGGGCGCCAUGCUGGCCAACGUGUUUCAGAGAAAGAAGUGAACACGGAAGGACGCCCUGGGAGACACUACGAUGGACCUCAAGCAGACUGGUUCCUUGUACUUGAAGUACUUGCCUUUUUUAUUUCUUUGUUUUGUGUCCUCGAAUUAUAAUUUUAUCCUAACCUCCAAAGAUAUUUGCACUGCAUUCGAUUAUUGCUGUAUAUCUGUUAAUUUUGGAGUUACAACUGUGGUGAUAGGAGGUUGAGUCUGUUCCAAGUAAGUCCCUCUUCUGUGUUCUCGUCUUUCAGAAUAUUUUUUAUACAUAUAUAGCGAAGACGUUUUUUUUGAUGGGAUGAUAGCAAAUAUCUGUAUUAUACACUAAGCUAUUACAAUGGUACUUAAAUAAUGUAAAUUUGAAGUCAUUGUUAUAAAGUAAUUAAAGUGGAGAUUACUUAAGUAUUUAAAUUAUGAAAGAAUAAUGCAGACUUUUUAUUGUUUCUUAACUGACUAGAAAGAGCCACCAGCAUUACUCUGUGCCUUUUGGACUUCGGUUUGCGUCUGUGGGAACCGUGCGCAUUCCAUUCACGCAGCACCCGUGGUGCCGCGGUGAAUCUGAACUGCAGGUCCUGCAGAAAAUGGGUAGUAAUGACACUGUCACCAUUUCAGAGCUCUCACCAAUAUCCUCUAAGUGCUAUUUAAACCUCCCCAGCACUCACACGCACCCAGUGGACUCACCUGAGGGAAGACAGCACGUACACGCGCGGAGCGGUACCCACGGGGAGUUUUCGCACUGCUGUGUAUUCAACCCAGGUAGUCAGCAGUGAAUGUAAGUGGGAAGAGCAAGUAGUUGUGGGCAUCUUUUCCAAAUUGAAAUGCAAAGGGAAAAAUGGUUCGAAUCUGAAAGUUAACAUUGGUGUAAAACAUUUAUUCGAGAUGUUUUCUAAUGCUUUCAGUUUUAGAGAUUAUCCUUUCAUUCUGCAUGUUACAGAGAAGUACCUGUAAGUUAUGGACAUUUGGGGGCUGCUCUCUUGCCUCUAAACUAGAAAUGACAUUGGCUGUGUUAUCCCUGGUUAGUCAACACCCGGCCCGUAAAGUCAGCGGCUGUUCUUGUGUUGGAUGCACAUUCCAUAGAGUUAGGUCACCCGCGGGUCCACCAGGCCGGACCGCUGCCUGUGAGGCACCGCGGUGAGGCGGCAGAGCCAUGAUGGACGUGGGGGUGGGGGCGUUGAGGAUUUACUGUGCGGCCUUUUUGGAAAAUGGAUAUUUUAAUAAAGAGAACUCUCCUGUGAGCACAGUCAGUGCACGCGGCGAUUCUUCUGUGUGCUGUGUGCACUGGUUUCCUUCGCUUGGGACAGAGCUGGAUCAUGUUUGCUUCCUGAGACAGCUACCUGAUCUCCUUUUCAAGCUUAUGAAAUAAGUUGCCACAGGCAAAGCCAUUUUAAAAAGUUCAUUCUGAAUUGCUAACAAACUAGUCCCUGAAAACUGUUGGAUUCUAGGCAUUCCCGAGGAAUUGAAAGUGGCUACCUUUCAUGUCAAAAAUGUGGAUCUACUACAAAUAAAAUGUUUUUGCAUA